AUGGAACCUACAACAGUUAAACAAGCUUUGGCUUCCCCUCACUGGCUUCAGGCCAUGAAGGAUGAAUUUCAGGCACUCUUGAAAAAUCAGACGUGGAACUUGGUGACUCCUCCUAUUUCAGCUAAACCUAUUGGCUGUUAUCCAAGAGUUGCGUCGUAUUCAACUAUAGAAACUACUUUGACAGAUUACUGGGGCGAGUUUGAGGACCAAGUCCAGCGAGUCUGUUUGCUAGCUUCAGGUAGAGAUAAUUAUGUGUGGUCGACUGAGUCUGAAGGUGUGUUCAAGAGUGAGGAAAAACUGAAUGGGUGGAAAGAGAAGAAAUCAUCUUAUGCAGGAAAGGACAUCCUUAUCAAGGUAGUGGCUCAAGCCAUCCCUAACUACGUUAUGAGUGUGUCCAAGAUCCCGAUCAUUGAUGCAAUCAUCCAGAACUAUUGA